ACCAUUUUAAGAAAUCAUUUUUUUUCUUUUUUUUUUUUUUUUUGAAAUAAAAGCUAAGGUGGAGAGUCCACAAUAAUUGGCAUCAAAUGCAUAUGGGGAUUCGCACUGUUGCUGAAUUCCAAGAUCUGCAACAACGUAUCCAUUAUUUAUUUGCAACUUUGUGAGGAUUGGAAUUGAAUGACCCAAAUGACCCAAAUCAAAAAGACAAGAGGAGGGGCUUCCUUGGAUUUUGGUGGCUCAUAAAGCCUACCAAUUUCAAUUGUUGAGACUACUUUGUUUCUGUAUUUUCUAGCUGUAACUGUAGCUGUAGAGUUCAAUUCAAGCCUUUUUUUUUCCUUUUUUUCCUCUUUCUACGUUUUGUAAAAUGGAUUUCAUAAUAUAAUUUUAAAGCUUUGUAUUGCCAAACCCAAAGCCAAUCAGGGCUUCGUCGGAAAGUUGCACCUAAAAAGGGCUUCUAUCCUCUGCCAUUUCGAUCGUUACCCAGAUGAAAUCAACGUUGGAUAUGCUUCAGCUGAGAUUCCUGUGAGAGUUACUGUAAAUAAGAGGAUUAGUAAUCAUGGCAGCAGAAUCCAACACGGGGUUUCACCGCGACGAAACCUUAAGUUCGGCUUUGAAUCGGCACGCUAUAUCUUUUCAGUCUACUGCAACCACUAGCAGCUCAGAGAUGAUGACAAUGGGGAACUAUUUUGGGGUCAACAAUGCGUCGGCCAUAAUGUUUUCGGGGAAUUCUAGCGCCGUCAACAAUAACAACAAUCAUCCUGUUAUUAGCCAACCAACCAAUUCAUCUGGUUCUCUGCUUCUUGAUACGGUGCCAGGGCUCAAGCAUGAUGCUGGGUUGGCAGUCGAAUGGUCUGUGGAAGAGCAAUUCAAAUUGGAAGAAGGUCUUCACAUGUUUGCUGAUGAACCAAGCAUUUUGAGGUAUAUCAAGAUUGCUGCCACGUUACGUGAUAAAACUGUCAGGGAUGUUGCUUUAAGGUGUAGGUGGAUGACUAGAAAACGAAGAAAGCCUGAAGAACACAUUGGAAAGAAAGUGAACAAUCGAAAGGAUAAGCUGGUGGAGCCAUCUUUAAAAAUGAACACACCUUCAGCCCCUGGACCCAGCAUGGGUGCAUAUUCACAUAUGAUGCAGCAUGUGAACAGAAAAGAACGUAUGCCUUCUGAAGUCUCAGAGAUUAGCAGUGCAGCUGCACAUCUUUUGGAACAGAAUGCUCAAGCUUUUAGUCAAAUUACUUCCAACCUUUCGAUGUACAAGCAGUUGCAGGAUAACAUUGAUCUUUUCUGCCGGACAAGGAAUAAUAUUAUUGCUAUCCUAAAUGACAUGAGGGACUCUCCAGGCAUAAUGAGCAAAAUGCUACCACUUCCUGUAUCUAUAAAUGAAGAUCUUGCAAAUAGAAUCUUACCUAGCACAACCUGGAUGAAAGAAAAUGAAGUUAGGAGGAAAGGAAGUGUUAGCCCAAAAAAGAAAGAGUGAUUUCUGAUGUAAUCUUCUGUUUUUUGAAUUGGUUGGUCAGAAUUGGAUGGCUCCAUUCUUUUGGCCCUUGGUUGUGUUUUAUGCCUACACCAGGGCCAUUGCAAAGAAAUACGAACAAGAAGAAGAUGAUGAAGACGACGACAAUGAUGAUGUGUAUGGCUGAUUGGACGGUUAGCCCCUGAUGCCCAAUCAGACAAAAUCAAAUUGAUGGCUGAGAAAAAGUGUUUGAUCUUUUUUUGAUGUCAUGUCUGUGAGCUCCCCCAGCACACAAAUAUUAAGAGGGAAGUAAAGUUUCAGUCAGCUGCAGAUAUAUUGGUUGGGAGAUUUGAGUGAAAAGGGAGAGAAAAAGAGAGAGAGAGAUAGAGAGAGAGAAGGGGAAAAUAUUGGAUCUGCUGCUUCCAAUUUGUACUAUUUUAGGCAUUUUACCUAAAAGAAUAAAAUUGUUGUGCAAAAAUAUUUGAUAUGAAAGUAUAGUUGGAUUGGAGGAGCUGAAA